CCGUGGUUUUAGAGUGUUCAAAAGUCCUGAGUGUGAUAGAGUAGAUGGUGCAUCAUGUCUGCAGGGUGGAUAUUCUGCGUAUUUGUGUGCAUAUGUUUUCCUUCAGGGUCUUUUGAGACCCUGGUCGUCUCAAAGGGAAAUGAGCAGUGGGUCAGUGAUACCAGCAUGACCAGAAUCUUAAAGAAGCGAAGUGUGAGCAGUGGUGAGAUUGAGGUGCAGAGCAUGAAGGUGGACUGCAAGGUGACAUCACGUUUCGCCCACACUAUCAUGACCACUAAAGCUCUCAAUAAGGCCAACGUCUCACAGGAAGUGUCUUUUGAGGUGGAGUUACCCAAGACCUCCUUCAUCACCAACUUCAGCAUGGAGAUUGAUGGCAAGACAUACACAGGUGUGGUGAAAGAAAAAGAGCAGGCCAAGCAGCAGUAUCAGAAGGCCGUGUCAUCUGGCCAGACUGCUGGUUUAGUCAAGGCUUCGGGUAGAAAAAUGGAGAAGUUUUCUGUUACUGUGAAUGUCGCAGCAGACAGCAGUGUCAUAUUUAUUCUCACCCAUGAGGAACUUCUUCAGCGACAUUUUGGCAAAUAUGAGCUCAUGAUCAGAGUCAAACCCAAACAGCUGAUCCAGCACUUUGAGAUUUUAGCAGACAUUUAUGAACCUCAGGGAAUUGCAUUUGUGGAUGCCUACGGUACAUUCAUCACCAAUGAACUGCUUCCUCUAGUGGAGAAAACUGUCACUGACAAGAAGGCCCAUGUGUCCUUCUCUCCAACACUGGAUCAACAGAGGAAAUGCACCGAGUGUGACGGGACGCUCAUCGAUGGAGAUUUCUUCAUUAAGUAUGAUGUCAACCGUGCUCAUGACAUCGGCGAUAUCCAGAUUGUAAACGGAUACUUUGUGCAUUUUUUCGCACCGGUUAAUCUUCCAAGAGUACCAAAAAUGGUCGUUUUUGUGAUAGACAACAGCUACUCUAUGGUGGGAAAUAAAAUGGCACAGACUAAAGAGGCUCUAGUGACCAUUCUGGCUGAACUCCCAGAGGAGGACUACUUUGCCAUCAUUGUAUUUUCAACCACCUUUGUUGUAUGGCGGCCACAUUUAAGCAAAGCAACACCGGAAAAUGUGAAAGCAGCCCAGGAAUAUGUCAAAACAAUUGAAGUUAUUGGUAGUACUGAAUUGCAUGAUGCUGUCAUGCAUGGUGUGAAGAUGUUGUAUGAAGAGCAGCGUAACAAUACAACCCCAAAGAACAUGGUACUGAUGAUCAUUUUGCUGACCGAUGGGGAACCAAACACUUAUCCGAGAACUCUUCCUGAGAUCCAAGAGAACAUUCGUCACACCAUUGAUGGGAAUAUCACUCUGUUCAGUUUGGCUUUUGGUAACGAUGCAAACUAUGGGUUUUUGGAUACUUUGAGCAAGCAGAACAAUGGCUUGGUUCGCAGGAUUUAUGAGGACUCGGAUGCCCCACUUCAGCUAAAGGGAUUUUAUGAAGAAGUGUCAAGUCCUCUACUGUCAGACGUGCAGUUUCACUAUCCAGACACCACGGUUAACUCACUGACAAGAAGCCACUUUAAACAGCUAUUCAACGGCUCUGAGAUCAUGGUCGCUGGCCGACUUAAUGACUUAAAUGAAAUAGACAACUUCGCAAUUGAAGUGUUCGCACAAGGGGUGAGUAAAUACUCUAUCAUGUCACACAUAAUCAUAGUCCAUAGCUCCAGUAUUGAUAAGCAAUUAUAAAUGUGGACAUUGGUCAGU